CUUUAGUACUUGGCUUUGUGCUGUCUUUGUUGACUGCAAGUAUUCUCACGGCAAGUGCACACACACCAGCCUUUGGCUGUGACCUUUUUGAACUUCGUUUGCACCACCACAAUAUCUGUAAAGACUUGUUUCAACUACUGAAUGAGUACUAGUUGCGUUCGAUUCGUUCAUACACCGCUUGCCGCACAUGAAGGCACAUUUCUGACAACAGCGCUAGGCUCUUUGUCUCGCCACCUGUAACCGUACACAUACCAAACCGCUAUGUUCAUUGAGACAAACUGGAUACAACCUAUGGCCGCGGAUGUGAGGAUGACACUUAGGUUGAGCAUCGCAGCCUGUUAGCCAGCAGGGCUACCUGCGCACUCGUGAUGGAGCUUGGGGAUCACGAAGUUUCAGGCGGCUGGCGACAGGCGGUGCAGAACGUGGAUGGUCGUCCUUCUCCGACUCAGCCGGAGGCACCGCGCUCCACGACGCCCACGCGCAGGAUGGGGUCCGGCGAGAACGCGCCCAGCAUUAUGGCAGGGCGCAUGACGUCUUCUGCCUCACGCGUUGCGUCAGCGCGUCCGGGUGGCCUGCCUGUGCCUAUGCGCCUUGAAUCCGGCGCAAUGGCAGCGGCAAACUCUCCUGCCAAAGCCCCAUCUCAAGCCCCGUUGUCAGCGCUGGCCCCGAAGCUGCUGGCUACAACAGGGGCGCCGGGCCAGCAACCUUCAUCGCUGGUCUCAGCUGGACAGAUAUCUCUGCACAGCGUGCCGUUCCUGCCUGCUGAAGUGCAUGGGGAGGAUGGGCCAUCGCCCUUUGCCAAUGAGGGCUUCAACACGCGCAUGCUUGCGGACCUGGAGACACAGCCCUCCGCGCCCCCAGCUGCCGCUGCAUCUGGUCGGUCUGUGGGCUGGAGGCGCUCCAUCGACAUGCUCACAGACGAUAUGUUGAAAGAGCCGGCCCAACUCAGCCAGCCGACGUCUGUCUGGCGCAGCAUCACCCAGUCAUUCGCACGCAAUUCUGGAGGGGGCGAUGUUCAAGCCGGGAACUCCGUCACUGCCUUCCGGCAGCCUGCAAAAUUGUCAGACGGGAGUAGCCCUCGGGGAGCACCAGGCAACAAUGCCGUGGGCCCGGGCACAAGCAGGCUGCGCGCGCAGCUGUCUGCGGACGGUCCCGGGGGCCAUGCAGAGGGCAGGAGCUUGGGGCACAUGACCAGCAGUCGCCGGCUACGCUUUAAUCAGGAGCAACUGGGACCCAUAACCGACAAUGCCGGCGGCGCCACCAGUAAGGGUGGCAGCGGUGCAAGCAGCCGCGCAACCUCCCGGAACCACAGUUUCCGUGAGCGUGUGGCCAACGCGCUUGGGCUUGGAGGCCUGCUAGGCAAGAAGAGCAGCGAUGGACUGGCCACGGUGGAGUCGGGCGGUCUGCAGCCGUCACAAAGCGUCCUAAAGAAAGAGGGGACCAGCAAGCAGCUGCGAUUGGGAUUGGGCGCCGACGGUGACAGUGGCAGUGGCAGCUCGCAUGAGCCUACUGGCGGCGGCUACAGGGCUGCCAAAGAGGCAGGGGCAGCUGUUGGGGGCGGGGACGCUGGCGGCUGUGGCGGUGCAGCUGACAUCAACCAGCACAGCAGCAUCAGCGGUGAAGUUUCCGGCGUCGCACCGCUGGCGGCACAAAAGCUGGCCGCGCGGCUACUGGACGGCGGGCGAGGUGGGGCCGCGAGGGCGGCAAUGCGACCGGACAGCGCCGUGGUGCCCGCCCGACUGCACGUGCGCGCACACGACCUGGAUGACCCGCUGGAGCUGGAGGCCACACUCAUGACGCCAGGAGACCGCCUGCCACCAGGGGAGGACCUUCCCUCGCCGGUGCGGCGCUUCGAGAGCAUCAUGGCCAAAGCCAAGAGCCGCAACAAUCUGGCGGCGGGACUGACGGAGACGGGAGAAGCCCUGGCAGCGCCAGAACCCACCGUGACGAUGCCGCCCAUGCACGCUGCAACAGGGAUACCAGCUGGGCCCAGUGUCACAUUCGGCAUCCAUGUGAUGGAGGCGCCGGCUGCCAGCAGCGCAGCUGCUGGCGGAGCCACGGGGGGCAACGUGCUGCAUCUGGACAGCUCAGCGGUGCAGUCGGGCAAGCCGGUGGGCAAGAGCACAAAGGCGCGCAGCACCAUCAAGCUGCCCAUCAUCACCACAGGCCACUGGGACAGCCUGGUGUUUGCAACCGUGUGGCGAGUGGGCCGCGUCUUCGGGUUCCAGGCAUUCAACACGCGGCCAUCUACCGUCAAGGACUCUAAGCGCGAGUAUGUGCCGGCCAGCAUCUUUGUGGCCGCGGACCAUCUGACCCAGCUGCUGGUGAAGAACGGAUACGUGCGGCGCGGCAAGGGCGAGGACACGGACGACGAGCGCUUCGGCAAGGCACUGUUCGAGUUCCACUCCACCAUCUUCUACUCCUACGAGAUGCAAUGGACGAAGAUGCAGCGUUUGUCAGCGCGGCCGCAGCGUUUUACGGACGACCUGCGGGAGAGGGUGUUCAGUGACCACCACAUCCAGAACGGCCUGUUGGCUGAGCUGGCGCUGUACUUCCUUAUCUACACGGAGUCAGCCAACCUGAAGUUCUGCUCGGAGGCUAUGUGGUUCAUUUUCUGGACUAUGAACCACUCGUACGUGAUGGCUGACAUCUGGACGCGCGGGUCGCCCAAUCGCGUGCCGAACGGCCGCGACCGCAUGGCGCAGCUGCGGAACACCUUCCAGCACCUCAUCUCGGAGAUUCAGCACCACCUGGGCAUCCGGCCGUCGGACAUGCGGCCCGAGGACUGCGGCAAGCUGAGCUCCAUCAUGACGCGCCUGUCCGCCAGCGACGUGCCGGUGCCGGACCGCGAGCUGCUGGCGGACCUGGUCAGCUUUGGGGACGGCGGCUUCUUCUGCGACCGCAUCGCCACGCCGCUCUUCUACGUGAUGAGCUACGAAGUGGACCACCUGUCCACGCUCGGUGUGGAUACCGCCUACCGACUGGGUUACGACGAUUUCAAUGAGUCGCUCACGUGCCGUGAGGUGGUGUACAGCGCGCUGAUGGACCUGCGCGUCAGCCCCGUGGACAUUGCCACCGGCGCGCUCAACGACGCCUACCAGUCGCUCAGCAGCAUGGGCUUCCAGGGCCGCACCCACAUCGACAACAAGUUCGACCCGCAGGUGGCCGCCACCUGGUGGCGUAACCGCGUCUUCGUCAAGACCUACUACGAGCGGCGCUCCUGGUGGGGCGUGUACCGCGCCUUCUUCCGCGUGUACGCCUUCCACCUGGUACUAUUCCACCUCAUGCAGGCGCAGGCGUUUGCGGGCUGGGACUGGCGUAUCAUCAGCAGCGCCAUCCUCACGCACGCGUGGCUUAAAUGGCUGGAGCGCGUGGCCAACUGGAUGAUGACCAUGCCGCCGCCGGAGCCGGUGCAGACCACCAUGGCCAAAAUCUUUGACCGCAAGGGCUUCUUCCGCAUGGACCAGGCUGCGGCGCUGCUGGCCAACACCAUGGACACGGGCGGGCCAGGCAUGCGGGCCAACGACCGCCUGGCGCAGAUGCGGUCGCACCAGGCCAAGCAAGCGGACCUCGUUACGGCCAAGAUGGCCAACAUGUCGGUCCACCAGCUGCGCGCCCUGCAGCCCCAGCGCGUGGUGGAGAUUGAAGGCACGCCCAUGUUUGGGUUCUUGGGCGGUCUGCUGGAGUGGCUGGCCAUUGCAGUGGUGCUCACCGCGGGCUUCAUGCUGCAGUACGCGACUACGCCCUUCCAGAGCUACGCGCGGCUUUACUGGGGCUACGUGGCGGCGGGCUAUGCCGGCUUGCACCUGCUGCACUUCCUGGCCACAACCCGGGACGGCUACGUGAUAAGCCUCACGCAAGCGCUGCGGUUGCCUGCCUACUUCCGGAACUGGAGCGCUCGUCCGCAGCCGCGGAUGUGGAUGUACAACAAUAUGGCAACGAACAUCAAGAACUUUCUCGCCAAUGUUUCUUUCUGGUUGCUCGUAUUUGCUCAGAAAAUUCCCUUUGACUACUUCGUCAUUCACAAGCCCCUUGUCAGACCUAUUCGCCUACUCUUGACUCGAAAUUGGCUCGGGUGCGAGGGGCCAGUGUAUCGUAUCAGCAGCUUCACAUUCCCGUGCGUCGGUGGCGACUGGAUCCUGGUGGGGGCGCGCAUCGUCCCGUUCAUCAUCGUGGCGUUGUUUGACACCAUGCUCUUCUACCAGUUCGUGGUGACAUCUUUUGGCAUUUACCACGGCCUCAUCAAGUACGACCUCGGUGUAGUGAGCAGCUGGGAGGAGCUGGUGCGCGACUUCCACAAGUCGCCACCCAGGUGGUGGAUCCGCUGCAUGUCGUUCAAGGGAAAUGAGAACGCCAAGAACCUGCUUGCUGCCUCACUGACACAGCAAGCCGCUCAGGCUGAGGACGGCGAGGGCGGCGGCGGGGGACAGGGCAGUGUGGCGGUCAGCGACGGGCAGAUGUUCAAGAUCAAGAUCGUCACUCCUGAGGAGAUUCGCCGGCGCCAGGCCCAGAGCAUGACAGUCAAGGGCAAGGUCAAUAUGCAGGCCGGCAAGGGCACUGCUUCCAAUGAGGUUGAGGGCAAGGGCAUCAAGGCGGUGCAGGGCGCCACCGCACCCGGCACCGCCGCCAACUCCCGCCCCGCCACAACAGCGACUGGCGCUAAACUGGUGACAGCAGCUGGCGCCAAACCGGGGACAGCAGUGGCCGCAGACAAGUCGGGUGCCGGCAGCAUCAAACCCAUCAGUGCCCGGGGUGGUGCCGGCCAUGCGGCACUUGUAGGCCAGGACUUCAAGGAGGGCGGCGCACACGGCGGCAUGGCUGCCAUUGCAGGCCUGUUCGCACGGCGCGGAUCUGCAACGGGCCAGGCAGAGGCGUCCUCAGUCCCCACCGUGCCGCAGCCGGCGGGGCUGUUCAAGAACCGGCGCACCUCAGCGCCAGGCGAGGAGACGUCAGGCGGCAGCGUCAUUGCACUGGCAAAGGGCUCGGCUACUGGAGAGGCGCCGGGCGGCGGGUUCGGCGGCUUGUUCCGCGGGCGGACCGGCUCAUCCACUGGGGACGUACAUAAUGCGGGUGGACGGCAAGGUUCAUCCACUGCGACUGGCGCCAGUGGGGGGAUGGUGGGGGCCUUCAAGGCGCUGGGCACCGCGGCGCUGAGCACGGCGGCGCAGGUGGCCAUCGCUAAGAAAAACCAGGUCCAACCAGAGCCAAUUGCUGAGGCGCGCGAGGAGGAGGCUGCAGCGCAAGGCGAGGAGGACGCAGCAGCGGGCGUUCCAGACAGCAGGCGCGCUCGCAUGACGUCUGCUCGGGCGGCGGCGAGGCAGCAACAGGGCCUGGAUGUGCUUCUGCGGCCGCGGCACCCCGCCUGGCAGCCGGAUGAGCUGCUGGGGUUGCGGCAUACGGACUACGACCCAGCCGCCGACCCUAUGUCCGAACAGUCACUCCGCAAGUGGCCCUUGGAUGAGCCCUCUGCGGAGCAGGACAUGCAGCAGCGCUGGCGGUUGUGGCCUUUCCGUGGCGGGGUCGUGACACCGGCCGUGCCGCAGCCGCAGCCUGACGGGGCCAUGUCGGGUCCCCAGGUGGGCUCGGGCGUGCGCAGCGCUUCUCAUCUUCCCCAGGCUGCGGGCAGCACUGGCUACGGAUCAGAUGGCGAGGUUGGGGUCUGGCAGGAGCCCGGCAGCAGCAGUGCGCAUGGGGAGCACGGGACCGGCACCCGGAGACUGGGCGGACCCGUGGCUGAGGCAACCAGGACCGACGGCAGUGAUGAUGGCUUUGGCGACGAGCCCCCUGCGGCGCCGCGUGGAGGAAGGCCACCAGUGGUGCUCCUGGAGGAGGUGCCCAUCAUGCGGGCAGACAGUGACCGGACCGACUCUGACGCGCCGGAUGGGGCGUCUGACGGCAAGGAGGGAGACAGCAAUCGUGUGAGCUUUGCGCAGGACAAUGGACCCCAAUCCAGCCCAGGUGCUGCAGGGCUGUCCCCGUCAGCCCCGGAUGGCCGCAAGUCCGGCAAGUUUAAGGCCCUGUCAGUGUCGUUGCCCGACACGUACGAGGACAACGUCAACCUGCGUGCGCCCAAGUCAGCCAAGGCACCCAAGUCCAUCCUGGCGGGCCAGGACAAGCCGCCGCGGGCUGCGCCGCGGCAGCGGCGCGCCAGCUUCUUCCAAGCGCUGUUCAGUGCCAACGUGGGCGCCGCGCCGGGGGACGCCGCCUACACGGGUGACGAGGACGACGCAGAGGAGGAACACGCAGCGUUGCGGGGCACCGCCAGCAAGGCCGCACUUAGUCGCCACGAGCUGGCCGCGUCCUCCAAGUUCGAUGCGUCACGGCCUGACCGCAGCAGGCGCAGCGACCGGAGCGUGCGUGGAGGCGACCGCAGUAUGACUGCACGCCGCAUGUCGUUGGGGCCAGCUGCGGCCAUUGGGUUCGGCAUGCAGAGGCAGAAGAGCAUGACGACUGGGGGCCUGAGCGGGAUCAGCCGUCAAAAGAGCAUCACGGCCGGCGCGGGCAGCUUCCAUCGGACCAAGUCCAUGACUGCCGGCACGUCAGCGUUCGACCAAAAGCAGUUUGCGAAGAACUACGAGAGCCGCCACAGCAUCGCCGCGCAGGCGGUGCGAAAGGACAUCGCCACCCGCACGACCAGCAUGGUGCUGAUGGCGGAUGAGCUGCAGAACCUGGAGGAAGAGGAUCUGGACGUGGUGAGCGAGCAGAUGAUGAUGUGGAGCAGCUUCGCGGAGGCCUGGGACGCCAUCUGCAGCGACCUGCGCGAGGACGACCUCAUCAGCGACCUGGAGCUCAAGAACCUGGCAUUCGUCAGGCUGGAGUCUUCGGGCAAGCUGCAUGGGCUGCGCCCCAUCCUGCUGCCCACCUUCUUCUUCGCGGGCCAGAUUCGCAAGGUUAUUGACACCGGUCGCGUCAACACGGCGCAGGUAAUGGUGCUGACCGAGUUCCGGGUGCUGGUCACAUGGCUGUCCUGCCAGCUGGGCAUCAUGUCCGGCAAGCACGCGCACGUUAUCAUGACGACGGCGCUGUACGGCGGCAUCAUCAAUGUGAAGCACAUCUCGUUGCGCAAGAAGGCCUUUGACGCUGCCAUCAAGCUUGUGGGGCUCAUCGAGCAGGCAAUUCGCCAGCGAGAUGUCCCAUUUGACAUCACGGAGUUCGCGGAGCACCUGAACACCAUCCUGCACGGGCUGGAGUCGGAGUGCUACGCCAUUCAGAAGAUGUGGGAGCUGGGCCGCGCGGACGAUGAGGACCUGGAUGGCGCGCUCACGCUCUUCGAGGUGGUGCGAGACAUGCAGGACAGGUUUCGCAGCGAUCCAGAGGAGCUCAAGCAGUGCCUGAAGCGCGCCGUGGCUAUGGAGGAUGCCACCACAAAUACCAACGUGCUGCUGCAGGUCACGACUGUGCUGCGCCAGAUGCUCACGACAACGGCGGCGGAGGCGACGCCGCAGGGCGAGGAGGCGCAGCGCGUACUGUGCUUCUUCAUCAACUCGCUAGGGCACCCCUCGCUGGACAAGCCGGAGAGCCUUGAGUUCAUGCUGAGCUGGUCGGUGCUGACGCCCGCAUACGAGGAGGACGUGCUGUACGCGGUGGACAGCGGCCUGGCGGCAGAGGAGCUGGGCCUGCCCAAAGCGAAAAUCACGGACCUGCUGAGCGAGACGGACGACGGCUUCACGCUGAUGGCGUACCUGCGCGCCAUGUUCGCCUUUGAGUGGAGCAACUUUAAGGAGCGGCUGCGGCGGCAGGUAGGCGCCGAGGUGGACAUUCCGGACUGGAGCCAGGUCACAGAGCUGGACUUCGGGUCAGGCGGCCUGCUGUUUGACUACCGACUGGAGCUGCAGCUGUGGGCGUCCUUUCGAGGGCAGCUUCUGGCCCGCACAGUGCGCGGCAUGAUGUGCUACGAGCGUGCGCUCAAGGUGCUAUGCCGCAUGGAAUACCCCACUCCCGUCGGCAUCACGGACGCUGACUACGAGCGGUGGGUGGACAAUAUGGUUGCCUCCAAGUUUGAGUACGUGGUAGCGGUGCAGACCUACGGCCGCAACAGCCGCAGCAAGGACUUGCGGCUGCGGCAGCUGGCACAGGGUGUGGACACGCUGGUGCAGCGGUUCCCCACGCUCAAGGUGGCGUACCUGGAUGACGCGGUGGACCCAGAGCGUCAGGUGCCCACACAGUACUCCGUGCUCAACCGCAACCGCCGCGCCGCUGACCCCAUCGUGGACCCUACUCAGCCCUUCAACAAGAUCGUGGAGGCGUACCGCAUCCGCCUGCCAAUUAACAGGUACUCCAACCGUGGUGUCGUCCUGGGCGAGGGCAAGCCGGAAAACCAGAACCACUCCAUUGUGUUCGCUUUCAAUGAAGGGCUGCAGGCCAUCGACAUGAACCAGGACAACUACCUGGCUGAGGCGCUCAAGAUGCGCAACCUCCUCAGCGAGCUGCACCCCUCCAACAAGGGCGCGCAGUACAUGCUGUUCGCGGACGACAGUGACACGCAGGUGCUCAGCCCACACAUGACGGCAGCCGAGCUGCGCUUCCUCAUCCUGUCGCGCAUGAAGCGUGCCUUCCCUACUGCCAUCGUGGGGUUCCGCGAGUGGAUCUUCAGCGCCAACACGGGUGCUCUGGGCCAGUAUGCGGCAGCCACGGAAUACGCCUUUGCCACCAUACAGAGCCGUAUCAUGACCAAGCCUGCGCGCGUGCGCAUGCACUACGGCCACCCCGACGUUUUCAACAAGACGCACAUCAUGACGCGUGGUGGCAUGAGCAAGGGCACGCGCACGCUGCACAUCUCGGAGGACUACUUCAUCGGCGCGGCCCAUACACUGCGUGGCGCACGGAUCAGGUACAAGGAGUACAUCAGCUGCGGCAAGGGCCGUGACAUGGGCUUUGACUCCAUCUUGGGCUACCAAAAGAAGAUUAGCGGUGGUGGCGCCGACUUGGCCACCAGCCGCGAGGUGCACCGCCUGGGCACCCGCCUGGACUUCUUCCGCUUGAUGAGCUUCUACCACGGAGGCUUGGGGCACUACCUCAACUCCUACCUGACGUUGAUCGCGGCCUGGUACAACAUCUGGGCGCUGCUGCUGACGGCGCUGGCCGAUGCCAUGGAGCUGGGCGUCAGUGGCGAGCCGGGGCAGGUGUCCAUGACACAAACGUACAACGUACAGCAGGUGCUGCAACUGGGUACGCUGGCCAUCAUCCCCUACGUGGGCCAGCUAAUCCUGGAGACCGGGCUGCUCAGGACCGCAAUCACUGUCUUCGGACAAAUCGUCACCGGAUCGUUGUUCUUUUACAUCUUCCAGCAGCAGACUGUGGCGUCGUCCUUCAGCGGCGUCAUGGCGUAUGGUGGCAUGCGCUACAUCGGCACAGGCCGUGGCUUCAGCAUCCAAACCACCGACUUCGUGAAGCUGUAUACCAUGUACGCGCGCUCACACUUGUACCUGGGCUUUGAGGUGCUGUUCUUCUGCGCCACGCUGUAUGCCACCAACGACUGCUCCACUUGCAACUACACAGCACUGACGUGGAACAGCUGGAUGCUGGCGUUCACCCUCAUCCUGUGCCCGUUGUGGUUCAACCCCUUCAUCUUCAACCUGUCCAAGGUCCAGCGCGAGUUCGUGACGUGGAAGCGCUGGUUGGCGGGCGACAUGGACUCCGGGACCGGGACCAACUGGUACACGUGGAACCGAGAGCAGCUAUCCAAACUCCGCAAUGACGACGGCAACGUCACUGACGCGUGGCGCAAUGGCUUCCGGGAGGUGCUGGGCACAUGCUUGCCGUACACGCUGCUGGUGCUGGCCAUGGUGUCUAAGCUCAACUUCAAGAUUUCGGAGGUUGCAGUGCUCCAAAACCCCUACAUGGAGUUCGUGCUGGCCACGGCGCUGCUAUGGGCGGUGACCGCCGCCACCUGGUACCUGGGCCACUACUUCCAGAGCUGGCACAUGAGCAGACCCUGGCGCAUCACACGAUAUGUGCUGACACUGGUCAGCGCGGUGCUGUUUGUGGCCUACCUGGCGGUGCUGAACCGCUUCUAUGACGGUGACGGCUUCACACACCUCAUGCGCGUCGCCUACGCCAAUCUUAUGCUGCUCAUCAUGUUCCAUAAGGCAGCAACAUACCUUUUUACUCAGAACAAUGCGGUGCGUGACUUUGUGGACGCUGGCUACUACAUCAUUGACCUCAUGGUAGGCUUCGCCAUGUUUGCGGUGCUGGCGCUGCUAUCCUUUGUGGGCAUCGUGGCGCUGCUGCAGAGCAAGCUGCUGUUCAACGAGGCGUUCAGCCAGUCUGUGCAGACGGCGCGCAUCCGCCAGCAGGUCAAGAAGAGCGGCAAGCAGAUCCGGCGGAAACCCAAACCCGGACUGCUCAUGACUAUGGACGAGUGGAUGCGCAGCAGACCCGUUAGCGCCGCCAGCCACGCGCCCUCUAUGGCGCCCACUGUGUUUGACGGUGGUGGUGUCAGCAGGGCGAUGUCGCUAGCGCCGAGUAUGCUACCAUCAGCCUUCACCUCUGCUGCACAAUCCGUCGCCGCGUCUGCAUUCACCAGUGCAGCAGUCAGUCGCAACACCAGCAGGCGCAACAGCCUGGAUGAGAUGGUGUACGACCUGAUCCACCGGAACCGGCAGGGAAACAGCAACCCGCCGGGCCUUUCAGGGCUCGAAAAUGGAGGAGGGGCUGUAGAAAGCACGCCUGGUGGCCUGGACGGCGCAGGCACCGAUACAGCAGGCUUACGGGAGCGUCACUUGAGGUUUGGGUAAGGUAAUAAGCUGCCCAUCAGUCGAACUCAAUCAUUGAUACCGUGUUGUACCUAUGCAUUAACUGUUGAUGUAACACGUGUAAUAGCCUGUGCGUGGCGGGGUCAUUGUAACAUGAUUGCUAUGGGGACAUUACGGGAAGCAUCCCGUAACGCCAGUAUCCUGAUGAGGGAGCAAGCCAGCCAAACAGGGGUGUUGCAGGCGCAUUUAUCCUGAUGGCAAACGAGCCAUACGGUAGUUGUGGUGCUUGGGAUGGCAUUUUUUUAUGGACCGCGAUGGGACUGCAUUACUAGGUGUUAGCGGUUUUGAAAUGCGUGUCCAUGAUACAUUGGCGCUCGCUGCUCCCAGUGUAUGUGACAAGUGCAUGUUGCUUGACCACUUGCUUGUUAAUAUGGACAAUCGCCAGAGAAGGACACUGCUUGGUCAGGGGGCGAUCUUUUCAUCAUUUUUGUACACCUACACUA